AUGAAUGUCCUGAAGUUGAUCGGCGUCUUUGCAAUUGUCAAAAGCAUUCAGUAUCUGAUAGUUUUCUUGGCCCCUUGUGUACAAUUUGAUACAUCUACUGCACUCUUUUUGUCGAAGUUCGCUGGCCAGGAAGAAAUUAAUAAAUGGUGGAAUGCUAGAUUGUGGAAUAAGUUAGUAGGAUGGGACGCUGUAUACUAUUUGAAAAAUGCCAUGCAGCCAAGUCUUCAGCCAGAGUAUGAGCACGAAAACGCAUUCUCCCCAAUAUGGAGUCAACUGAUAAGAGCGGCGUGUCUUGGUGAUCUGAGCUUUUAUCAUGUCCUAAAAACUGGCGUGAUAGUCGAAAAUUGCCUCCAUCUGGGCGCCUCAAUCUUGCUUUACUUUCUCACUCUUAGCACUUUCAAGGUAAACACUUUUGGGCCGCAACAGCGCCGCCUUCUAGCGCUUAAAACUGCGGUUCUUUUCAUUGCGGGUAGUGGGUCAGGAUUUUUUCUGGGAGUAUAUUCUGAACCUCUCUCAGCGUUACUGAGUUUUUUAGGACUUUUGAGCCGUGAAAUUGCUGUGGAAUACGAUCUCCAUGGCGGCCUAGUAGUUACCUGGUACAAAUGGCCCAUAUACACCCUUUUCUCCACGAUCUGUUUCACAGCUGCAUUUGCCGUCAGACCAAACUGCAUACUUCUCGGUCUAUACUACAUUUUUGACCUGUACAAACUCCUAACAUCGAGGGAUUACGGUAAGGCGAUAUUCAUGCCCCUUUUAAGUGGCUUUGGCAUGUUCUGUUUUUUCAUUUACUACCAAUAUUACGCACCUUACCAGAUAUAUUGCCCUAGUAGAGGGGCAUGGUGUUCGAAUAAGAUUUUAGACCUUCCACUUAGCAGCCAGUCGCUGUACAAUUUCAUUCAAGGUCAUUAUUGGAAUGUGGGAUUCUUGAGGUACUGGACGUUUAAUAACAUUCCCAACUUCUUAAUCGCCUUACCUAAUGCAGUUAUUUUAUGGUUCUCUGCGAUUUACUUCUCUCAUCAGUAUCCUUAUUCAAACCUCAAACCUUUGGUGCUUAUUACGAGAUUUCUCUUGAUCAUUUUGAUCUUUUUCGCCCAUAUUCAGAUCAUCAACAGAAUAUCAUCUUUCAUACCUCUUCAUCUGUGGUAUAUUGCACAUCGUCACAACCGGCUGAAAUCUAUGAAAGGUAAGAAAUUGAAAGGCGAUGACAGACUUGUCAGAUUUUACGUCAUUUGGUCCAUCUUUUGGCUUCCUCUUCAGACUGCACUUUUUGCCUCUUUUCUGCCUCCAGCAUGA